CCCCCGGGAUGAGCCCGGUGCCUCUAGGAGGUGUCCUUAGAGUGAGGCCCCGGGAAGUGUCCUGUGCCCCCCGCCCGGAGAGGUGUCCUUAGGGGGAGCCCCCGGGAAGUGCCCUGUGCCCCCCCCACAGACAUGUCCUUAGAGUGAGCCCCCGGGAUGAGCCCGGUGCACCCGGGAGGUGUCCUUAAGGGGGAGCCCCCGGGAAGUGCCCUGUGCCCCCCCCACAGACAUGUCCUUAGGGGGAGCCCCCAGGAUGAGCCCGGUGCACCCAGGAGGUGCCCUGUGCCCCCCCCCCCAGACAUGUCCUUAGGGGGAGCCUCCAGGAUGUGCUCUGCACCCCUGAGAUGCACCCCCAGGAUGUGCCCUGUGUCCCUGGGAUGAGCCCCGGACCCCCAGGAUGCACCCUGGGCCCCCAGGAUGUGCCCCAAGGGUGUACCCCAUACCCCUCGGAUGCUCCCUGGGGAUGCGCCCCGUGCCUCCACCGUGUGCCCUAGGAUACCCCCCGGGAUGUGCCCAGUGCCUGUGGGGUGAACCCUAUGCUCCCAACGUGGACCCCAGGCUCCCCCCAGGGUGCACCCUGCGCCCUGCUGUGCACCCGUGGGGUGCACUCUCAGCUUCAACUGUGCCCCCCUAACGUGUUUUGUGCCCCGGGAUGUGCUGUGCAGCCCCAGCACGCGUGUCAGGAUGUGCAGAAUCUGCACCCCUGGAUGUGUCCCACCAUGUGCCACAUGCCCCAAAAUGCGUGUUGGGGGGCUCCCCAGGUUGCGUCUUGCCCCCCAGGGGCUGGGCCGCGACCCCCCAGGAUCCACCCAGGCUGUGUGUGUACCCCAGGAUGUGUCCCAAAUGCUGUGCCCGCUCGGCUGCUCCCCUCUGCCCUCCCAGCUGGUGUCACCAGGGUCUUCCCCCACUGGAGGGGGGUACACAGGGUGCUACACCAGUGGGGUGGUGACCUGUAGGCCCCUGGACCCCCCCCCUUCAUCAACUCCAGGGCUGGCUGGGGCUGCGGAUAAGGAGGGGACCCUCCCCACAGCCCUGCUGCCUUGGUGUUGCUGACGGGCUGCGGGCACUUGCGGCCACCUCGGGACCUUUCCCCACGAGUCACGUCUGCCCCACGUCCCGAGGGACCGCAGAGGCUUAGCUCCCACCGCGGGGCCUGGAUGCCACGUGCCAGCGUGACGGUCACCCUGCAGCUCAACGUCACCCCCGCGGCCACCGACAGCCGGGGCUGCCUGGGCGUUAAUCAUUGCCGAGAGCAGCGGGGCCAAGGCGGGCGUGAAAAGCUGUUGCCGUUCCCAGGGCUGUUUUCCUUUCAUCAGCCACAUCCCCCCCUCCCCAAGCCCUGAAAUGCAGAGCAAAUAUCUGGCAGGGCAUGGUGCAGUGGUGGCCCGCGGGAUGGGGACAGCGACAGGCUCUGGAGCACCGAGGGAGGCCGGCGGGAUGCUGGCAGGGGGGGUGGACUUGCUCCUGCCACACUUUGGGCUUUCUUGAGAGGGUUUCUUGGUGUCUGUGGUCACAACGUUCACGUGGUGGAGGAUCUGGGGUGGGCGCUUUCCCCACGGAGCAGAGCUCCUGCCGUGACACCGGCUCUCGCUUUGCCCAUAAACCCAUCCGCAGCGCCCAGCGAGGAGGGUCUCGGAGAGGCCCCAGCUCCGCGGCUCCCUGCAGCCGGGGUGAAGAAGAGGAGGGAGGACUGGAAAUCCCCUCGGGGGGGGGGAAGCGCAGGAGCGCCGUUCCUUCGCGUUGGCUUUGGCCAGAGGAGCUGCCGAAGGGCAGGUUGGCAUCACUGGCGUGGGACAGUCACCCGGGGACGGGGUGAGACGUCCCCAUCGUGGCACCGCCUGGCAGCGUGGGCAUCGCUGUUUUCCUGCCCCGGGCGGGGUGUCGCGGCGCUGCCCCAGUGCCACGGGUUGGGGUGUGAUAGGAGCAGCCGGGUCAGCUGGUGGAGACGCCGGCUAUAAAGCGCCCGGCGGCCCCGUGGCGGAGGCACGAGCGAGCCCACCAUGGCCAACGCGCUGCCCCUCCGCCUGCUCCUGGCCCUGCUGCUGCUCCUGGCCCCGGCCCUGCCCGCGCCGCACGAGCGAGGGCUCAUCUUCAACUUGGACACCGGGGAGCUGUGUCUGCAGAGCGCCCAGUGCAAGAGCGGCUGCUGCCACCGCGUCAGCGGCCUGAGCCUGGCCCGAUGCGCGCCGAAGGCGGCCGAGUCCCAGGCGUGCUCCCCGAAGAGCAUCUAUGGGGUCUACUACAAGUGUCCCUGCGAGAGCGGCUUGACCUGCGACGCUGAUAAAACCAUCGUGGGCUCCAUCACCAACAGUGACUUUGGCAUCUGCAAGGACCCACGGAGCUCCGGCGGGUUGUGGUGAAGGAGGAGAUCCCCCCCCCCCACCUCCGGUGACCCCCCAUGCUGUCCCUGGCACCCUGCUUUUCCCUCUCCUCAGGAAUGCCCAGACCUGCCUGCGCUGCCCCGGCUGCAGGGGGGGGUCGAGUAAAGAGCAUCUUCUGCCGAGCUGCAAGCCGGCGUUUUCACUCGACGCGUCCCUCCCGCCCAGGACGGGGGCAACAGGGCCAGAGGGUCCUGGAAAAAGCUGCAGGAACACGAUGGCUUAACCUAUA